AUGUCGCGCAAGGCCGUGGGCAUCGGCGCCCUCGACCGCUCCCGCCUCACCUCUGCGCACUACGCCUCCCACGGCUCCUCCCUGCGCGCCACCAACGCCCAGGCGCUCGAGACACAGCUCUCCGUCUUCCGCACGCUGCUCCAGCAGUUCGCCCAGACGCACGCCAAGGACAUCCGCUCCGACCCGUCCUUUCGUGCGCAGUUCGCGCGCAUGUGCGCCGCCAUCGGCGUCGACCCCCUCGCAUCCUCCUCCUCCGGCUCCGGCUCCUCCACCAACCCAUCCUCCGUGUGGGCGCAGCUGCUCGGCAAGACGGUCAACGACUUUUACUUUGACGUGGCUGUGCGCGUCGUGCAGGUCUGCGGGGCGACGCGCGCCGAGAACGGCGGCCUCAUCUCCCUCGCGCAGGUCUGCGAGCGCGUGUCCCGGGAAAAGGUCGACGGCGGCGGCGCGCAGGUCUCCGAGGACGACGUCCGCCGCGCCGUGGCCACGCUGCAGCCGCUCGGCGGCAGCUACGCCAUCGUGACGGUGGGGUAUAAAGAGUACAUCCGCAGCGUGCCGCGCGAGCUGAGCGGCGAUCAGGCGAGCUGCGUCGAGGCCGCGCAGGUGCUGGGCUACGUCAGCGUGGGCAUGCUGCGCGACAACCUGGGCUGGGAGGCGGCGCGGUGCAAGACGGUGAUUGAGGACCUGGUCGCGCAGGGCAUGCUCUGGGUCGAUAAGCAGACGGGAGGCGAGUGGCAGUACUGGAGCCCGGCCUUUAUGGCGGGGAUAGACGGGGGGAACUGA